AUGUCUCCAACCAGAAAGCCAGUCCGUAACAUCAAAGUCAAGGUUCCUAGACACAACUCUCAACGCCUUGGCCCUGCUGUGACUGCACAAGUCGAGGCCUUCGCUCGCGCAGAUCGAGUGCGCGUCGAUAUUCGCCAAACCGCCUACGACUCAUCGAGCGCACUUGCUCAAGCUAUCGAAAGCGCGUCCGAAUGGAACUCCCUUCUGUUAACCGCCCGCGCCGAUCGGGGCCCACAGUGGGAUAUCGGUACACAACAGUUUCUGGUAGAAGAAUAUUCAGACCUGUAUUACGAUCCCACUCCACUUCUUGAAUAUCAAAAAGAUGGUCGACCAGCUGCCGAUGGUGAAGACGGCUUGUCAGCGAGAAAUGCCGCAAACGACAGACAAGACGUACCAAGCACCCCGAAAACACAAUCUCAUCGUGCACAUAAUAUGCCCCAUCCUGCCAUGCACACCCCACAUCACCUGCAUAGCCAGUCCCAGCUUUUCCCCGGGGGCGCUCAGCCGAACAUGGCUUCUCCACGACACCCCUUCUCCGCGCAGGCCUUAGGCGGUCAAGGGAUGUCAGGCCAGGGUAUGGGCGGUCAAGGGAUGGGCUUUGGGGGCAUGAACAUGAACGCGAACAUGGGGAUGGGGAUGAACCCCAUACCGCCUACUCAAUUUUAUGGUGGCAGUCAGGCGGCGGACUCCCCAAUGCGAAUGGGCAACGCAGGGAUGGGGAUGGGAGGAAUGGGGAUGAACGUGCCGGGAAAUAUGGGAAUGGGUGGCAUGGGCAUGGGCAUACCGGGUGCAGAUGGUAUGAACAUGGGAAUGGGCAUGGGCAUGGGCAUGGGUUCGCCGGAUCCACGGAGACGUUUGACGAGAGGGAUGAGCGGGGAUGACGGCUUUGGUGGAAUGCAUGGUUAG